AUGUUCUCAGACUCUUCUUCUUCACCUUUAGAUGUCUCUUCACCAAUCUCCUCUUCUUCUCUUGCAACAACACCAAACUACACCCAAAGUGAAUUAAAAUGUCCAUUAAAUUUUACUACAAUUACUUCCAAUCCUUACCCAACUAAAACAGCUGGGGUGUCUUUAAGUUGUCGUGUAAAUGCAUCGGUGACCGUGACUCCAAAUAGCAAAAAUGAACAUUCACCGCAAUACAUUUAUGUGUUUGGCGGUUUUCAUCAAUAUACUGAUGAGGUGUAUAACGAUUUAUACAGACUUAACAUUGCUGAGAUGAAAUGGGAGGAUGUAAUAUACUUAAAGGGCAAUCGUCCAUCAAAACGAACAAAUCAUUCAGCUUCGUUAUGGAAUAAAGAUAAAUUGCUUAUUUUUGGUGGCACCGAUGUUGAAGAUCAAUACUGUGAUGAUGUCCAUAUAUUAGAUUUAAAAACAAUGACAUGGGAAUGUCCAGAAAUACACGAAUUUCGUCCUAAUGGUCGUGCCAAGCAUACUGCCACCAUUUCUAAUGAUAAACUUUAUAUAAUUGGCGGUUAUACAAAAAAUGAGUACGAUACAACAGAGGUUUCAUCCUAUAUAGAUUGUUUGAACCUUCGUACUUGGAGAUGGGAAACACCAAUCAAGUUUGUUCCAAGACAUUCUCAUGUAUCUUUUAUUUUUCGAAACAGGGUUUAUGCUUAUGGUGGUUAUAACGAAGAGAUGGAUAGGGAAAAAUCGUUGGACAUAUUGGAUCUUCAGACAAACAAAGUUUCAAAAAUACAAAUUACGUGUGAUAUAGGACCUGAAAUAAAUGGCCAACACUUUGCACAGUUAUACUGCAAUCAAUUGGUAUUAGUUAUAACACAAUGUGUUAAGCAUGAUGCACAAGAAGUUUCAAUAGGUGUUUGGUCAUUGGAUUUGGAUUCAUUACAAUGGCACAAAUUUGAAGAUGGUGAACGAUUUGUUCAAGGCAAAUGGCACUAUUUUGCAAUGGCAGAAAAUAAUUCGCACUUUUUUUUGUUUGGAAAUCCAGAAGAGGAUUCGGAUGAGUAUUUUUCAAACGUCCUAUCGAUCGAUCUUCAAGAAUACGGAAUCUCUCGUAUCCCUCCUACAACCAUCGGUUGGGAUUUUCAACAAUUGAUCAACGAUGAAGCUACUUCUGAUUUCGUUAUACGAUCAAAGGAACCAAAAUCACCACCCUUUCAUGUUCACAGAAUCAUUUUGAUUGCUAGGUGGUCACAUUUUUCUAAUAUGAUUAAUUCAGGAAUGUUAGAAUCCUAUAAUAAAUCCCUAACCAUUCCAGAAUCUUAUAAAACCGUUCAAGCUUUUGUUUCGUUCUUAUACACUGAUGUAAUCGAUGAUCAAUUCUCAGUUGAUACUAUUGCAGAUCUUAUGAUACUGGGUAAUAUGUAUCUUAUUCCACGUCUAAAAUCACUUUGCUGUGCUUGUCUACAAUCAAAAAUCAAUAUUGACAAUGUUUCUAGAAUAUAUCAAUGUGCUUCAGUGGCUGAAAUAUUCGCAUUAAAAAAACGAUGUAUGCGAUUUAUCAACAUUAACUUUGGACCAGUUUCAAGAACGCAAGGAUUCAGAUCAUUACCAAAGGAGAUUUUAUUUGACUUUUUGGACAAUUUGCCUGAUAAGGCAAAAAUCAACACUACUUCUUGUCAAAUACCCUCUGGAGUUUCCAUUGAUUAUGAAUGGCAUAGGGUCUGUUUGAUGGUGCACCAAGCACCACAUGGAAAAGAAGCUAUUUCAGGAGCAACAGGAAUAGCAACAGGCGUAAUUGCUUCAACAGGCUCUAAAAUUAUUGAAACUACUGAAGACACAAUUAAUGAAACUAAAGGAGUUAUUGGUUAUGCAGCACGAAAAGGCAAAGAGGUUGCCACACAUCCUAUAUAUUAUAUGCAAAAAUCAACAUCUUUCUUUUGGGAAAAUUUUCCACCUUUGAGUUGGUUUACUUACGGAGUGAUAGCAUUAAAUGCCAUACCUUUAACAAUCCUAUUGAUUUUUCUUUUUAUUACAACAAGUAUCGUUGCGUUAGUUACUGGCACUGGAAUCUUUUUGGCUGAAGGAUUUUUCGUUGGUGUUGGAUCAUUUUUCUUGAUUCCUGCAUUCAUUAUGAUGAUUUUUGCAUCAUUUGUUACUGCUUUUUUCACUAUUUUUGGCUGGACUUUUUACAAAAUUGUCGGAUCUAUAUUACACAUUUUUGACCUAAUUGAAGACGAUGAUACAGCAACAUUAUCUUUUGAUGCUCAACAGAUCCUUUCUAAAACUAGUGAAGUUCUCACAGGCGGCAAAGAAAAAAACGGCAGAGAAGAAGAUGAUUGGUUGGUUAAGGAGAAAUAA